ACCAUUCACAGGUGUGUAGUUUUAUCAAAAUGGGUUUGGUUAAAAGUUUAUAAUUUUACUAAAAUACAUUAAUUUAUAUUAGAUUUAAGUGUUAUUGCAUUCAAAAACCAAUUCAAGAUAUAGCAAACGUGGGAAUCAGCUUAUUUGUGCAUUUACAGUUAUACGCGUAACACGUAUUUUGUGGAUCGAGUUCAGCAUUGAAUUAGGCCACAUAGCGAUCUCUCCCUAAAAUACCGCUGUUCUGGCUGUCGACGUAUCAAGCUAACUUUUGCAAGGCGGGAGAGUGAUGUUGAGACAGGCCGCGAGCUGGUAAUGUGAUGUCAUCGAAAGGGGAAACAGAGGCCGACUCUGGCACCGUGUCGCCACACACACCAGUAGUCAAAAAUGAACCGAUACAGCCUGCUGCCAGCAGCAAAGAAACUCCCAAAAGGGGUGGUAAUACAUUGCUGAAAUGUACCACAUGUAACAGUUUUAGUACUUUAAGUAGCCGGGCUUUAACCACACAUAUGGCACAGUGUUCACCAGACAAUAACAAUGUGGCAGGUACACAGAACGCGGACGCGCGCCCACACAGAAAACUUUUCGAAUGUGACGUGUGCAACAUGAAGUUUUCAAAUGGCGCGAACAUGCGUCGACACAAAAUGCGGCACACGGGCGUGAAACCUUACGAAUGCCGCGUGUGCCAAAAAAGGUUUUUCAGGAAGGACCACUUGGCAGAACACUUUACUACACACACUAAAAGCUUGCCGUAUCAUUGCCCAAUAUGUAACAGAGGAUUCCAGCGUCAGAUCGCCAUGCGCGCGCACUUCCAAAAUGAGCAUGUAGGUCAGCACGACCUCGUCAAAACUUGCCCCCUGUGCAGCUACCGGGCUCCUACUAUGAAGAGCCUAAGAGUACAUUUCUUUAACAGACACGGCAUUGACCUCGACAACCCUGGCCCCGGCAGCAACGUGUCAUUCCUUGCCGCUGGCAUCGCCAAUGCGGCCUUUGCCGACGGCUCCAUGGACCCCGCCGCGAUCAACGCCCUGGGGGCUUUAGGUUCUGGCCUCUCAGUAUCUGUGGCACCAGCCUAUUCGGAUAGUGGAGAAAGUAAUGGAGCCCGCUCUGUUGACAACGCCACUCCCCCUAUGCAUUACCUUACACCCCACGUAGAGAUCUCAAUGGCCGAUAAUAAUGAAACGUUCUCCCCUGGACAGUCCAAUCACUUGGGCAAUUCUGACGGGACAGACUCGCGCAUGAACGGCGAAGGGCCGAGCUCCCCGCAGUCGGGCGACAGCGCGGUCGCCAGCAGCUCCCUGUCUUCAGGACUGCCCGCCAAUAUCACGCCCUCCAUCACCUUGAUACCCAUCAAACAGGAGCCCAACACUCAAGACGAGUCAGGGGCGGGCGAGGGCCGGGACGGGGAGACCAAUGGCGGGGACAAGCGCGCCGUGACCUCGAGUCUAUCCUCUAUGAUUAAGGUGUCGCCACUUAAAAGUUUGCUGAGGGAUGAUCUGCGUAGGCGCAUUAAUGCCCGCGGACGCGCUCGAAAUUCUAACGCGUCGCGGGCGUCGCCGUCGGAGGGCGGCGUGAUCACGUCCACGCACGGCGACGCGGCGCUGCCGCCGUCGUCGCUGGUGUGUUCGUUCUGCGCCAUCUCGUUCCCGGACUCCACGCUGUACUUCCUGCACAAGGGCUGCCACUGCGACUCCAACCCGUGGAAGUGCAACAUCUGCGGCGAGCAGUGCUGCAACGUCUACGAGUUCAACUCCCACCUGCUGAGUAAGAGCCACCAAUGACUGUUUGCAGGGGGGCCGUUCCAAAACCACUAACUUGUGUUUGGUUAUGCACUUUACGUAUAUACUCUCCGCAUAGUCCGCAGCACUUCACUUUGUAUCUUUUCGUUUCCUUUUGAUAUCGUAGCUUAACUGUUUUCCUUGUUACGUCAGCCGCUCUCGGUUGAAGUGCUUCGAAUAUGCUGUAUACUGAACGUCCCCCCGAAGCUAUUUUUAUUUUAAAAGUGCAAAUUACGUCGAGAUAUAUUUAGCGGUUAUAUUUAAUAGGUGAAUGAGCGAAGAUAUUUAUAAUGGAUAUUUUAGUACUUAAUUAAAAUGGGUAUAUUGAAUGAUUAAAUUUAAAUUAACUAUGAUUGGAAGAGUAGCACAUAGUGAUUCGAUACGAAUUAUUGAAAUGUGCUAAGAGUUGAUUAUAUUAAUAUAAAAAAAAUAUAAGCAGUAUGCAAUUUACAUUGCACUGCAGUGGUGAGCGUUAGCUGAAUGUUAUCAUACUUCAGCAAUACAUUCCACAUUGAGACGUAUGCAUUCCAUUUUGUGAGAUUAAUAAAAUCUUUGGUGGGGAAGAGUGACUACUUAAAUACCCUAAAGGUAGAUUUUAUUUAUUAUUUCGUCUACAGUACUUAACUGUAUUAUACCAUGAUUGAAGAAAAAUAUAACAAAAUUUUAGAGUAUUUUUUGGUGCGAUAGUGAAUUAUACAAAUGUUUAGAUUGUACAAAUUAAUAUAUUUUUACAAUUUCGCUGUUGACAAGAUGUUAUAGAAAGGCAUAGCCUCUAUUCCGUGAUUGUGUUAUUAUUGUGAUUAUGUACAGACAGGAAUUAUAAAUUCUACAUUCCGUUUUUUUACUUAUGUUUUCUCUUUGAAGUGCAUGUAAUGCAAGUCCACGACUAAUACUUAAUGUACAAUGAAAUUUUUUUUUGUUAUUGUUAUUUAUAUUCUAAACUUUAUGUGGUAUGUAGAUUCCGAAUGUACUUAAAUUAUAUUAUAUCAGUUUAAUAUUAAUUAAACUUAUUAUAGGCGCUUUCUGUCCAGGGAUUGCCAUUAUUGGCAGAUUUGUUUUAAACAUUACAUAUACAAACAAAUUAUUCUAUAUAUAUUUUAAACUGGGGCAUCCCUAUACUAUUUUGGUAAACUCACAGUAUAUAAAAAUACUAUAAAUUAGGGGAAAUAAAUGGUAAAUACCAUUUUGUUAAUGUUUUAAUGUAUUUUAUCUAGAAUUUUAUAGGCCGCAAAGUAAAUAUCAUGUGCGAUAAUAAUUUUCACUGAUGCGUCUUGAAAUACUCUCGACCUUGUAGCAUCAGUGUACAUUUACAGAAUAAUUUGCAUAUUAUAAUUGUAUAUUAGGAAACACUUGCUCAAUAUAGCUCAAGUAUGGAGCGUAUAGGUGUUCAAUUCGCACAAAUGCAUAAUAUUUAUCGAUGCCCAUACUUUGGAGCGGUUAUAAAUAUUCUCUGCUACAGAAAGUGCGAGUGCGUAUAUAGGUGCCCGUACAUAAUUACUUAAAAAAUAUUUUUAUUUUUUACUCCAAAAUACUACUCCACAUUCGUAGAGUGCUUCACUUAGAUGAAUGUUUAGAUCUCCUCACAAUAUUUAACGUUGUUUAGUUAAUUUUAUUAUUUACAUUCUUAUUUACACUAAGAAGUGCUCAACCUUAUGGUGAACGAUUAUUAACUUUAUAUUAAUGUGUAUGUACAAAAUUACAAAUAUCAUAUUUUAAUUAUGAAAUUGGUGUUCAAUUGGAAGGAUACUUCCCACGGACACACGUUCACACUAGCUGUGAAGAUGUAUAUGUUAAUUAUCUAUCCCAUACCUAUUGUAUUUAAUUUGUUAAUCCGUUCCAUUCCUUUUAGGUAACCUGAGAUUUACAUUCCUUUAGGUAAUAAGUACUUAAUAUCGGUUGUGGUCUUGCCUGUUAAGUUUACGAAAUUGACUUAGAUGGAACUGAAUUUGUUUACCAACGAAGUUAUGUAUUUUGUUUUGUUGUUACGGUUUUGCGACAUUGGUAUUAGGUUAGAAGUCGGCGCGUGCGGUAGACGUCCCUCGACAGACGGACCUAGUGAGUUACCCGAAACGAGCAGUUUAUUUAUAAAUAUUUCUGUAUAUGUUCAUAAUUAUAUUAUUGUGCUGUUUCAUUGUUCGUUAUGCAUACUUUGAUAUUUCUAUUCUACCGCAAUCGCCGCAAAAUCACUAAAUGUAGGUACGUUACGAUAGCUAUUAAUAUUAUUAAUCGGUAACCCCAUUGGGCGCCUUUACAUAAUCCGUCCAUUAUCUAAUGAUAAAAUAUUGCCUUUAAUAUUUAAUAGAGUAAUAUAUUUUAUAGAUUUUAGAUAUAUGUAAUUAAGAACAGAUCUUAAGUAUAAAAUGUUUACAGAGUUGCAGAGUUUUAAAGAUAUAGAUAUAUUUAUUUAACUUCUAUUUUAAUGGUCCUUGGUGUCGCCAAGAAAUAAGCGAAUGCUGCCGAUGAUUGGCGUUAAAUGGUCGGCGGCGCAGGGAUCGUGGUUAAUUGUUGCAGUUUGAAUUAAUAUUUUAUUUUCGUGUGGUAACACAUUUAAAUAUUGUUUUAGACAAAUGCAUGUCCGCCAUCCUUUGUAUAAUAAAUGCGACAGUAUUCUAAAAAUAAUAUAUGUGCUUAGCAUUUAUGUGUUUAAUUUGUGCAACUUGUUGAAUCGCCGAUUUCAUAAAUUAUGAUGAUGAAAUGGAACAUGAUCAUAUUCUAAAAGUAAGUGAGAUUUUAUUAUUGUAAAUUAUAUUUAUCAAUACAUAUGGCCACUUCAUACACGGUAAUAUCAAAAGAAUGUGUUAGUUUAGCGAUCCUCACCUUAAUACCAAAUCACAGCUUACCAACAUUAUAUUUUGUAUAAGUUGUUAUGUGUGUAAUAUAAUAAGAUAGAUAAAUUAACGGUUGAAAGCAAUUAAUUAUAUGUGUAGACGGUAUCGUUGAUAUUUUGCUGUUACAUUUAUUGUGUUAUCAUUAUAAAGAUUAUCAAUAACAUUACUAAUUAUUGAAGGGAUACUAUUUACGAGAAACCAGUAAUUUUAUUAAUGAGUGAUAGUAAAUAUAUCAAAUUUAGAAAAAUGUGCCUUAGAUCAGUAAAAUGUAAAAUUGGAUUAAACCACAUUUUUGAAAUUUAUUCACAUAUCCCAUAUUUGAAUAUGACUAUUUUGAAAUUAAAUAUAUUAUGUAUUGUUGUACACAACUAUAUAGAAUCAUAAAUUAUAUAAGAAUUAAUAUCAAACAUGGCUGUUUUGCUUGUUUUUAUGAAAGAAGUUUAUUUGGCAGUUGAAUUACAUUAUCAUCAUCCCUUACGAUGAUUUAAAAACACUAAAUAUUAAAGAAUGGUACUUAUUACCAAGCGUGUAGUUCUAUUUAUUUACUUUAUUAUAAUUUGGUAAAGGGUCUAAUAAAAUAUUAAUAAACUAUGAGAUGUAA